AUGGGAAUUAGAGAUCUAAUCAAUAAAUUCAAUGAACAUCAUAUCCACCAACAGCAACAACAUCAACAAAACACAACAAAUCAACCACCACCAAUUCCAACAAGAAAUUAUAAAAGAGAACCAGAAAGUAUUCCAAAACAAGCUCAUGUUCAAACUCCUUUAAUCAAUAACUCAGAUGAUAUUUUCAGUAAACCAAUAGCUCAAGGACCACCACCUCCGUUAUUUAAAUCAAUAAAACAUACUCAAUUACCAGCUGGUUGUAGUUUCAGCCCAUCUGAUCCACCAAUUCAAACAAAUAAUUUUUCAAAUAAUUUAACUUUAGAAGAUCAAACAUUUCCAAUAUGGACCUUACCUUAUUCAUUUUGGUUAACUAAAGAUCCUGGACAAGAUUUUGGGUUUGCAUUUAAUCAUACAGAAGCAAAUCAGAGAGUAUUUGGACCUGACCCAGGAGCACCAGUUGCACAAUUUUAUUUCAAUCCUCCAAGAAUUAAAUCAUUCGUGUUUUCAAGUUCUAAUUUUCAAAAUGGUGUUAAUUUAACUUUGGAAAAUCAUAGAAAGUUAUCUAUUACUGCUAAAUUACAUGAUUCACGAGGUAAUGGUGUUAUUACAAUUCCUUUAGUUUAUGGAAUGGGUAUAAUCUAUGCAAAUUAUGAAAAUAUUACACCUGUGUUAGCUUCUCAAGUUGGAUUCCAGGAUUUCAAACCUGUAAACGGUGGUUCUGUAUUUAAAGCAAUUGUUAAGUUGUUUAAUCAAGUUGAAUGGACUAUUUAUUCAAAUAUACAAUUGAGAAUGGUUGAUAAUAAUCAUAUUAUUGGUGAUUCACCAGGUUGGAUUAAGAUUGCAAGAGGCACUUCUCAAACAUACGAUAUGGCAGAUAUAAAUUCAUAUGUAGAGAGUGCAGAUAUUUCAGCAAUUGUUAAAAAUGACAUUUGUCAAUAUAAAAUUAAAUAUAAUAUAAAUGGAGGUGGGAAAUCAAUUAUUUAUGCACUUCCUCAUCAUCAAGAGACAAUUAUAAAUGUAGAACCAACUGGUCUAUCACUUGAUUCACCUACAAAGGGUCUUAUGAAAGGAUAUCUAACUGAUGAGCUUGUAAUGGAGGAGAAAUUACCAGUUGAUAUCCUAUUUGAACCAUGGUCAGAAUCCAAACAACAAGUAACUUACACUCAAGUACAAAAGGAGAAAAUUAGACAAGCUGCAACUGAAGAAGUGAAACAAGAUGUUGUAGGAAUGGCCAAUAUUGAUUCAAUGUAUACAAGUGGUAAAAUAUUAGAUAAAUUUGCAUAUAUUGCUUAUGUAUGCCAUUUCAUACUUCAAGAUCAACAAUUAACAAAUAUAAUACUUCCCAAAGUUAAAACUGCAAUUGAGAUAUUUGCAAAUAAUAUGCAAAUAUUCCCAUUAGUUUACGAUACUGUCUGGAAAGGAUUAAUUUCACUGGCUGAUCCAGGAGCUGAUUUCGGUAACUCAAAUUAUAAUGAUCAUCAUUUCCAUUACGGAUAUCAUAUCCAUGCAAUAGCCCUAGUUGCAAAAAUUGAUCCAAAUUGGUUACAUGCAAACAAUGAUAUAGUUUUCAAUUAUGCUAAUACUUUAUUAAGAGAUGUAGCUAGUCCUCAAGCAGAUGCAUCUUUUCCACAAUUUAGAUCCUUUGAUUGGUUUCAUGGGCAUUCUUUCGCUCAUGGAAUUUUUGCAAGUGGUGAUGGAAAAGAUGAAGAAUCAUCAAGUGAAGAUUAUCAUUUCGUAUAUGGAAUGAAAUUAUAUGCAAAUGUAAUAGGAGAUUUUCAAAUGGAAUCAAGAGCAGAUUUAAUGCUUGCUAUAAUGAAAAGAAGUAUGAAUAUGUACAUGUUAUAUACAAAUGAUAAUAAAAUUCAACCAAAACAAUUCAUACCUAAUAAAGUAGCAGGUAUAAGUUUUGAAAAUAAGAUUGAUUAUGCUACUUAUUUUGGUAGGGGAAGUAUUGGUGAUGAAUGGAUACAUGGAAGUAAGUAUUCACAAAAUAUUCUUAACCAAUUAGUUUUGAUACUAAUAACCUUCUAGUUCAUAUGAUUCCAUUAACUCCAGUAUCUUCAUAUAUGAGAAGUAAAAAGUUUGUUAAAGAGGAAUGGGAUGAGAAACUUGCUGGGAUUAUUGAUAGGAUACCUGAUGGCUGGAAAGGUUUAUUAAUUUUAAACUAUGCAAUUUAUGAUCCUAAAUAUUCAUGGAAUUGGUUUUCAAGAAAAGAUUGGGAUCCAAGUUUGAUUGAUAAUGGAAUGAGUAGAACUUGGUCAUUGGCUUUGAUUGCAGGUAUAUUGUAA